GCACCAGCCCGGGCCAACGGUCGCCAACUGGCGCGGGGGCCCGCAGAACGAGCGUAAGGGAGAGCCGGACCAGUUGGGCUGCGAAUUCAUCGAGUACAAGCGAAGUCCCUCGUGGUGGACACAGGAAAGGGACUUUGCGCAGCGGGCGCCAGGAAACAAGACACUGACGCCGCACGUUCUGGACUUGUCCAACCUGGGGGGUGGAGGUCCUCACCCGCGUGCAGUUGCCGAUGCGGAGCACCGGGAUCCGACCACCCACCAGCCCUUCCGGUUCCAGAGGCACCCAAUGCUGGGACAGAACCUCGUGGACGACCUGGUGAGUCGGGGCACCUACCGGGCCGACGAGAUCGGCAUCGCCGUAGCCGGGAACCACGGUUUGCCGGGCGGCGGGACCUCGGCCUUGCGCUCGCCCCGGCGAGCGAAUAACAACCCGAUGGCAAAGUUCCGGCUCAACGUGACUCAGAUCAAGUCGACCCACAAAACACAGGAGGAGUCCGUGGUGAGCAACUGGUACGUGCAUGCCGCCGGGGGCAUGCCGAGAGAUCGCGGGCAGGUCCGGGGCCGGUUUCAGGCCCGGUUCAAUCAGUACGCGCAGAAGGCGAUCAAGCUCUAUGUGUCGACGAUCCAAGCGAAGUGGGGCCUGGUAACCAACCUGGAAAACGACUUUGCCACCUACCAAGGUGUGGACUACGUGACCACGCGCAACCCCGUUGAUUUUUCCGACUGCUGGGUCGUGCGCAACACGAAAAUCGGUCGAGAGGAGAACAAUCGCUACAAGAACUUAUGAUACGAAGACACAGUAGAGAGCAGGAGUACCAUCGAGCAUCAUUUUUGAACAUGCCACCCAAGAACUUGUUGUCAUGAUUCAACGCCAAUAAAACGGCCGCCUUGAUACAGAAUCAAUCCAAUAGUACUUCUUAAAGCUGUGCAACAUACAACGAGCAGUGAGCAUGACAGUUUUGCUUUUCAGUAUUUGUGGGGCAUUUCUUUAUAUGAUGCAUGAUUGAUACUAGCGGAGGUUUUUAAAGCGAUAAGAUUGGCUGGCUUGGCACAAGAUCGGCGGGCUUUUUUGGGUGGCGGCGCCGAAUGCGGGGUACGUGUCCCGAGGCGGGCCCUGGGGCAGCGGUACGCGCACAAACAACUCCCUUGCGCAGCAGGACAUGGACUUUUUUCUCGCCGGCUUGGAAGCCGCCGUAACCGCGGUACUGGACGCCGCGAUUCAGGAGCAGAUUGUUUUCGGGAAGGCGACCACUGUCCUGGUAUUCAACCAGUUGGGCGGCGGCCUCUACUGGCCCAAGCAGUGGCUGCCGAACGGCCCGAAGAAGGACCCUCAGCCGGGCCAGGUGUCGUACCGAAGCAUCUUUCUCCGUGCCUUGGCGGCGGAAGUAGUGGCGCCCGGCGGGCAGCGGCUAAAGAAAGCCCAAUUUUUCAAGGACGUUGUACUUACCGGCUUGUGAAGAUAAAAGCAGAAGAACAACACCGAAGAACUCCAAAGCCCUUAGGACAGUGAAAGAUGUGGCGGCCGUCUUUUCUGUCACGAACUGCUGCCCUCCAUAAAACAUUUCGUUUAUUGUUUUGAUGUUUUGGUUACGUGGCGAAAGACAAAGAUAGGAUGAAGAUGCUAGAAAUGUCCUCUUACUUAUUAUCGUUGGUGUAGAAGCAGUAGUAGAACUGAUGGCGUUGCUGUUAUUCCUUUUUGGUAGCCAGCUGAAACAAAUUGGACUGUCAGCAUUGGUCGAUCGCGCAACUACUUACUUUUUUAUUUGAUCUCUCUCCUCAUCUUUGCUACCCAACUUUUUGAACAGUGUGUGUCCUCGAAGUGGGAAAGCAGAGCCAUUUCGUUUUUGGAUCCGUAAUAUGAAAAGGCACACUGUAUGUGAAUGUUAAAGUUUUGGAUUGCACAAAAGUAAGAUAGCGGGACCCCUUGUAAAAGCACGUGUCCUCUGUUGAAAUGUUGGAUUUGCGUGUAUGAUUCUGCAACAACUACCCUAAACCUAGAGCUUGUAUGAUUCUGGAAAAACUACCCUAACCCGAAAGCUUUACUCAAAUCCAUUUUCUAAAAUUCUUCACAAAUCCGGAGCUACUGGACCGGAAGAACUAUUUGAGCAAUUGUAGCGUACGACCAUACAAUGAAUUGCGUUUUGAUUUGCUCCCUAUAACGAGAACUCCAUUCGUUCCCGUAGCAGCAGGUGAUGGAGUGCUUCUGCUGCCCCGAUCGCGGGAGACGAGACCGGCAUCCGCUCACAUAGAAACUGACUCGCAUCACCAGAGGUGGCAU